ACAACGACACGUGUCACUUUGAAAAUGGGUUCGUCAUCAAUGUCUCCGUGUCUCCACGUAGCGAGCUUCAUCGCUAUUCUGGGACUUUUCAUCUCGACAGAGGCUCGUGUCGAUCAAGUCGUUCAAACCAGGUUCAUCGCGCAAGGCUACGCCAUGUGCAUGGGCAACACCGUCGCUUACAAGGUUCACAACGAACCGCGGACCUGGCACGAAGCUGUGCAAGUUUGCAGAGGCGAAGGAGCUCGCCUGGCGAUAAUCGACAGCUACGAGAAGGUUCGAGUCAUCGGCGGAAUGAAGCCGUUCAACGCCUACGUCUGGGUCGGAGUGUCGCGAUUGGAUCCGCAGAAUCCUUGGGUAACGGCGGACGAAGGCGCCUUGAUGUACAACAUUCCUUGGGCACCGACGAAACCUUCGGGCCCGUACAACUGCCUCACCGUCCGAGGGUGCAACCGAGGAUUGAGCAACGAGGACUGCAGCCAGCGAAAGGGAUUCGUCUGCGAAGGGGUGAUGAUAGGCUCGAAAGCCGAAUUUGUGUGAUUAGGUCAGCUUGAAUGAAUUGGCUGACUGAUGUCGUUGACACGAAAACUGGUAUCAUGAUGAUUUAUACUUUACAAUUUAACCAUAUCGUUAAACCUUGACAUAUAUAUUCAAAUUCUAUAACCUAACCUUUUCAAUUCUACAAGUGUAAUGCUUCAAGAUCUCUGGUUUCAUAAGUAUCACAAGUAGAACUCAUAGCUUGAAUUAAUUAAGACGCGUCGGUCAGAAGUCGUACUUAAUUUGUUACUUUAUCAUUACUAAUCGGAAAACAGAAACGACCUUUGUAAUCUGACACGAGAAAGUGAGAUAAUACCGACACUGUAUGCGGAUGUUGAAGCAUAUAAUAAUCUGAAAAACAAUAAAAAAUUUGUAAACUAAUUGGGAUAAAUAAAAGAUAGAUAGAUUCCUACAU